AUGGGCGCUUUCCUCUCGACCAUCCUUCCGAAAUCGCGGCGCCCGUCCCGCAAUGGCGCACUCCAGGCGCAGCAACAGGAAGCAUGUCGCCCAAGACAAACAUCACACGAAGCCCAUCCCAAUGAGCACAUCACAGCCCGAAACUCAGUGACUAGCGCUCUGCAUGCGCUCCCCACAGAGCUCCUCCUGGAAGUUCAUGCGUACAUAGUGCCGCACGUCGUGACCCCCCGCGUCUCUCUCCAUCACCACCAAAUGGCGCUCCGCGCAACAUGCCGGCGCUUCCACGCCAUCCUCCCCGGCUCUGACUCACCCACGCAGCACUGGACCAUGUGGGACCGCCGCGCCUACAGCCACAUGCUACGGCAAGCAUCGUUCCGCACGCUCUGCGCCGAGGAAAGACAAGGCCUCCUCGCAGACGAGAAAAUCGUCUGCUGCAUCUGCCGAGCCGCCCACGCGAAGCGCUGCUUCACGCCCUCGGAGAGGAAGAAAGACCCCGAGAAGCGAAUCUGCAUCGGCGCCUCCGGCAUCCUGCAAAUCUGCCCCCACAACCGCGUCACCUACGCCGGCCUGCUCCUGCAACCCAUCUCCAUCCGCUGCAACAGCGCGCACCCGUCCACCAACACCGGGCCCAGCCUCGUCAGAGUCCGCGAGACAGAAGAUGCCGGCCGGCGGGAAAUUAAAGUCGAAGUCGCGCUGCCGCUGUGCGAGAUGCAGGUCAUGUGGGGUAAGGAGAAGAAAGGGAAGGGGAAAGAGAAGUUGGGUUUGAAGUGCAAGGUGCUGGAUGGAUUGAGGAAGGCGAAUUGGAGCGUGUGUCCGCAUUUGCAUACGCGGUUUGCGGUGGAGUGGUUGCCGCCGCUGAUGGAUCAGAACGUUGCGUUGCUUGAGGCGUUGCCUGGAUGGCAUGACUGCAGUCUUCGCUGCGGGUGGGGGCGAUGGUGUCCCAAGCACGAGGAUAGAAAGUGGCCUACCAUAACAUGCUCAGCUAGAAACUGCGACACGCGCAUCACGCUGACUAGGGAGAAUAGGUGGGACGUGAGCGGUGUGCGAGGAACAGAAUGCGUGUUUCUGAAGACAGAGCGAUAUUUGGGUGAGUUGCGCGGUGCGGACGACGCGAAGUGGAUGGCGCAGAUAGUGGAGGCGAGUCGGUUGGACGAGGAUAAGUUUCUAAAGUUACAAGAGAUAGAGGAAGGGGGAGUAGAACACGACGGGUAUGGAGAUGGUUGGGAAAAAUUGGGUAGGGCAUUCGUGAAGAGGAGAGGCGAGGGGGUACAAGAUUGGGAGUAUCGCUAA